UUGAACUUCCCCAGAAUUGAAGCCUAAAGAAGAAAGACUUGAGGGUCAUCGUCGUUUCCUUUUAUUGAGUUGCGUAGAGAUUUUAAUUUCACAGACGUUUUAACAACAUGGGCCCAAACGUGAAACUAAAAUGCCUUCUGAUUUUUCUCGCAAUGGGUUUGUCACUGGUAUUUUGCAAAAGCCCAGGGUAUAUAAUACUCGCACCCAACGUCUUCCAUGUGGGACUAGAAGAGACUGUAGCUGUGACUGUCACUGGCGUUACAAGGCCUGUCAAGGUCAAGUUCUUCCUGCAGGAGUUUCCUAACAGAAAAACGAAUUUCUCGCACGUCGAGGGAUUAUUCGCAUCAGACAAGUCAGGUCUUCUAAAAAUAAAGGUUAAUCCUAGCGACAUCCCCAGCCACGAUACCGAGUACAACCAAUAUCUGUACCUCGUGGCCACGUGUAACGAUCCACAAUUGGUUUUCCAUAAAGAAACCAAGGUUCUCUUGAGUUACAGAGACAAGAUUGUGCUGGUACAGACAGACAAACCCAUCUAUACACCAAAACAAACUGUAAAGUUUCGGGUCAUGCCUUUGGACUUCAAUCUCAAACCAUCUAAAGAUAAGGUGAACAUCUUAAUCAAGAAUCCACAAGGAAUCUUGGCCCAGCGAUGGACAAACGUUUCUUCGGAUACUGGUUUUAUCACUAAAGCUCUUCAUCUUGGUGAUCAUUCUCUGAUUGGUAACUGGACCAUUGCCAUCACAUACGGUUAUUUGAAUUCCCAAAACACAACUGUCAAGUUUGAAGUCAAGGAAUACGUUCUGCCACGGUUUUCACUACGUAUUAUCGGACCAAGUUACGUUCUACCUUCAGCUAAGAGGAUCCACAUUGCUAUCGUAUCAAAAUAUACAUACGGUAAGCCAGUUAUAGGCAGUGUCAUGACAAGACUUACACUCACGGGGAAGGGAGAAACUGAAAUUGCGUUUUUCGUAAACACAUCCAAGCUAAAUGAUGGAAAAGUCCAACUCAAGAUAGACACAAGUCUGCUCAAGAAUCAUGCUCUCAGGCCAUGGUUUCCUGAUGGUCGCAGGCUUCGAAUCGACGCUGAUGUGGUAGAACAAGCCACUGGUGCACGCGAGAGUGCAGUAGACAGUUCCAUCUAUUUUGUCAAGACACCUUUUCAUCUAAGCUACGAGAGUACAGCCAUGUACUUCAAGCCUUCCAUGCCGUAUGUGAUCAAGAUUGAUGUGAAAUACCCCAACAAGCGUCCUGCUUCCCACUUGACUGUACAAAUAUCAGCCAAAGGGACCAGUGACACAGGAAAACCUGUAAACGUGAUGCAGAAACUGAACAACCAAAUACGAAAACAUAUGAAGGGCAACACGGAUGGUGAAGGGCGUGUUGAGUUUAUCCUAGACGUCCCGAGAUCUGUUAAAGACAUCGAAGUUGAGGUUGAGACGAAAGAUGAUCGUCUUGGAGAAGCCAAUGCUGCUGUCAAAUUCAGAGCCAAGGCUUACAAUUCUCCUUCUAAAAGAUAUCUCCACAUUAGACCAAAGAAACCAAAGGGUAUUGUGGGAGUCGUCUCCAUGUGGGAUGUUUUCCAGAAUGGCAACAUUUCAUCUCUGACCUUUAUGGUAUUGUCACGUGGACGCAUCUUGCUCCAAGUCCUGACUCGCCCCAAAGAUGGCGUCAAUGUCGUCAGCACCUUCACAUUCACUGUUACCAAGGAGAUGUCACCAGCAUGUCGAGUUCUCGCUUACUACGUAACCAAGGACAACGAGGUUGUUGCUGACAGUGCUGUGAUGGAGGUCGAGGAGAGAUUUCCGAACAAGGUUCGCCUCACAUCUCCUGGUAAACACGCCAAGAAAGAACGUCCUGGAAUGGAUUACCUCAUCGAGGUGGAAAGUACACCCGGGUCACGUGUGGGAUUGCUGGGAGUCGAUGAGAGUGUGUAUCUGCUGCGAAACAAAAACAGAUUGACCAAGAAGAAGGUUUUCAAAGACGUCAAAAAUCUUGACUUGGGAUGCGGUGUUGGACCAGGAAAGAACAACCAAGACGUUUUUAAGAAUUCUGGCCUCAUGGUCAUUACCAAUGGCAUGGACCCCCCGAAGGAGAGAACAGACUUUGGUUGUUCAGCUCCUGAAACAAAAAAGAGAAGAAAACGAUCAAUAUCUGAACAAGAAAAGAAAACGUGCUGCUUAAAUGGAAAGCUGUUUUCUCGCGCUUCGUGUACAAUGCGUGCCAGAUUCAUGGCGAUGAAUGGAGCAUCGUUAGAGUGUAGAGAAGUCUUCCUUAAUUGCUGUAGAAUAGCAUGGAAUGAGAAAGCUCCAGUUGUGGAUAAGCGCCAGAGACAAGUCUUCGAACAGAAGAAUGGAUUCUUCGGCGGUGGUAACGAGGUUGACGAUAUCCAGUCUGAACAAGUACGAAAAUACUUCCCAGAGACAUGGAUCUUCGACGAGGAAGUAACAGGACCUGAUGGCAGGAUGAUGUUACCUGUCACGCUGCCGGAUACCAUCACGACAUGGGUACUCCAAGCAAUAUCGAUAUCCAACACGUCAGGCUUUGCCAUGACAUCACCGUCACGCAUUACUACGUUCAAGAAUUUCUUCGUCUCGCUGAGCCUGCCCUAUUCUGUGCAAAGAGGGGAACAGCUUUCAGUCGUUGCGACCAUUUUUAAUUAUGGAACAGAAAUGUCUCAUUUCGAAGUAAGCCUUUCUGGAAGUCGAGAAUUUUGUUCCACGGAGAGACCAGGAGACAAAACCAAGCCUAUAGCAUUAAGCGUGAAGGCUAAUGAUGCUAAAUCCGUCACGUUUCCCAUCGUACCCAUCCAACUGGGGAAAAUACCGAUACAAGUGUCAGCCACCAGGAAGAUUUACGGAAUAGAAGAUGAUGUUGGUUCUGAUGUUGUGCAGAAAGAUCUACUUGUUGUGCCCGAAGGAGUUGAACGCCGUUUCGUCCACUCGCUAGUCCUCGAUCCACAAGGCGUUUUGAGGGAUGAGAAACCAACCAAUCAAAACGUAACCACGCCAGCUCCUACUCUGAAGAAUGCAAGGAUCGUACAGGAUGGACAGCAGAUCAAUACUGUGAUGCUGACCGUACCUAGCAGGGCUAUACCAGGAUCAAUUAAGGCCUCUAUCUACUUAACAGGCAAUCUCAUUGGUCCUGUUGUGACCAACCUCAUCAAAGGAGGCCUUGAAAACAUUCUGCGCAUGCCCAUGGGAUGCGGAGAGCAGAAUAUGAUUUUCCUUGCACCCAACGUGUACGUACUCGAGUAUUUGACGAACACCAGGCAGGUUACUGCCGAAGUAGAGACGAGAGCUUAUCGAUUCAUACAACAAGGCUAUCAACAGGAGCUAGGAUUUCGACGCACCGACAAGUCCUUCAGCGCCUUUGGGGAAACGCGACCUGGAAGCACUUGGUUGACCGCAUUUGUAGUCAAAGUAUUUUGUGCAGCAAGAAAGUUCGAUGGCAUUGCUAUUGACGACGAUCUGGUGUGCGAUUCCAUAAAGUGGUUGCUUAGCAACCAGAGAUUGGAUGGCGCUUUUCCCGAAGUGCACGAUCUUGUUCACAAAUCUCUUCUGGGCGGGGUUCAUGGUGAUGUUGCGAUGACUGCUUUUGUCCUGACUGCUCUUCUGGAAUGCAAGUGCUCAAGUCAGAACUCAGACGUUAACAUCAGAAGAGCAGUCCAGUACUUGGAAAGCGAAUUGGCGUCCCUAAACAAAGCACACGUCCUCGCUCUUACCACCUAUUCUCUGGCUCUUGCUAAGAGUACUCUUAGCUCUAAAGCAAACCAAAGGCUCUUCCAGAUGUCUUCAUUUGAUAAAGAUCAAAACACAAGACACUGGGAUAUUGGUGGGCCUGCGCUGAAUGUCGAGACCGCUGGAUACGCAUUGCUGUCUCAACUUCAUCUCGGUCGACUAAAACAUGGAGGUCCCAUCGUCAAGUGGCUCACAGAACAAAGAAACGCAGAAGGUGGCUUUGUAUCUACUCAAGAUACCUGUGUCGCUCUUCAAGCUCUUGCAAAGUACAGCGAGAAAACGGCAGGAGCCCAGCUUGACCUCCGGGUCUCCGUCACACCUGAAAAAGAUGCUAUCUGGAGAAGAACGUUUCAUGUUGAGAAAAGCAAUGCACUCAUACUUCGUAAAGUUGAUAUCACCCCUUUCCUUGGUGGAGAGUUGUUUAUUGACAGCUCAGGAACUGGUGUUGGUCAGAUGCAGAUUGAAAUUCUCCACAAUGUACCCUCAUCAAAAAACGAGACAUGUUUGUUUGACCUUAGAGUCUCUGUACAAGAAGAGUUUGAUGGUAAUAAGGUAUCCGACGAUGGGUUGUUCAUCGUGGGGCGAUCCACGCGAAGAGCAAAACGGGCACUUCGAAGCAGAAGAAAAAAGAAAAGCAAAAAGUGUAAGAAAAGGAAAGGAAAGAGGCGACAUUGUAGUAAACCGGCAUCCAAAAAGAGUCCAAAAAAGUCCAAUAGAAACAAGAAACCCAAGAAGAAUAAGCGACGGAAUAAAAAGAAGAAAAAUCAAAAGAAAAAAGAGGAAAAACAGAAAACGCAAGCAAGAGCGCCUGAUUCGUUGUACGUAGAGGCUUGUACAAGGUUUCGUAAGCCUGGAAAAUCCGGAAUGACAAUAAUGGACAUUGGAAUCUUUACUGGAUUCGAGCCAGACGAGAAGUCUCUUAUUGAGCUCAAGAAAAACGUCCAGCCAACGGUGGACAGGUUCGAGAUAUCUGAUCGUUCAAUCGUCUUGUACAUCAGUGAGGUUUUCAGUAGCAAAGAGUUCUGUGCGCAUUUCAAAGUCAAUCGUGUGUUCGGCGUUGGUGCUGUCCAGCCUGUGCCAAUCAAGGUUUAUGACUACUAUGAACCAGGAGAUUCUUGUACAAAGUUUUACUCGCCAGACGUCAAGAGUGAACUGAGACUUGGGAUCUGCAAAGGCGAACAGUGUAAAUGCACACAGGAUGGAUGCAGUUCUUGUAACAUUGAGAGUUUAGAUGUGGAUCACAUGCUGAAGAAGGCAUGCCGGGAUCAUGAGUUCG